UGCCCUGAUUAAUUAGGUAAUUAAGCAAGCUAGCUUGAAGCUGAAUUAGCUAAAGCUGCCAUGUCGAUGAUCAGUAGCAUGCUGGGCCGGAAGCAGAACGUGCAGCAGAAGGGCGGCGCCGGUGGUGGCGGUGGAGGCCGCGCCGGCGGCGGCGAGGUGGAGGCGGUGAGCGUGGACAUCAUGGAGCCGUUCAUGGAGGCCAUCUCGCUGACGGCGUUCGCGCCGGCGGCGGCGCUGGGCAUGCCGUCGCUGCCGUUCUCGACGGCGAGCAUGGACUGGAAGGAGACGGCGACGGAGCACGUGUUCAUGGCGGACCUGCCCGGCGUGCGGAAGGAGGAGGUGAAGGUGGAGGUGGAGGAGGAGAAGGUGCUCAAGAUCAGCGGGCAGCGCGCCCGCGCCGCCGACGAGAAGGGCGACCGGUGGCACCGCGUCGAGCGGAGCUCCGAGCGGUUCGUGCGCACCGUCCGGCUGCCGCCCAACGCCAACACCGACGGCGUCCACGCCUCGCUCGACAACGGCGUGCUCACCAUCACCAUCCCCAAGGACAGCGACGUGAAGCCUCGUGGAAGGCUCAUCCCAAUCACCAACUAGCUUGCUAGCUAAUCAUCCAAACCCACCAUAAUUGCUGCUGUUAAUUACAGUUACUCCUACCUAAUUAAUAUAUCACUUCCAGUAUAUGGGCCUAUUUGGGAGCUUUCGACGGUCGUAGCUUUUCGCAGAAUCUUUAGAAGUCAGAAACCUUCUCAAACAGUACUUAGCUUCUGAGAAUUUAGAGUUAUAAAAUUUAGAAAAUAAACUAGAAGCUUUUUUAGAUUCUGAGAAGGUUAUCGUCAGCUGCUUUUCAAAAUCUUAAGUUCCCCAGACAAAUACUAUGUAUUCUAUACUCGAAGUACUAAUAAAUUGGAGUAUUAGCAUGUAUGGUGGUGGAAUAAAUGUGAUAUUUCGUGACGCGGCAUAA